UCGAAAUUGAAUGUAAAAUAUAUCAAAUAAUGGAAUACCUUGAAAGGAUAAGGAGAACCUUUGAAAACAUAAGAGCUACAAUAAAAUAUAAGGACAGCGAAGCGAAAUUAGCGGCACUAAAAAGAGAUAUCCAGUCGCUAUCAACUGAACUCACAGUUCUAGGUAAGCAAAACCAUGGAGACUUCAUCCGAGGUCUCGCUAUGGAGGGCUACUUGGCUUUACUGACCGCUAAAGUCCUACCGAUAACUCUGGUCGAGAAAAGAAACGUUCUCCAGUCAGCUUUCGAGAAACUGAAACCUUACGCCCUUCGAGACGAAUGCCUUUUCAUUUACCUUCGUAUUCAGAAUCUCUUAUGCUAUUACCUCAUUCAUCUAGAACAGUUACAACUAGCGCGAGAGAUACUAGAAGCGACAGAAGACAUAUAUGACAAGAUCUGUCCGAAAGCGGACAAAUAUCUGGAUGCCGAACACAUGUUCACGUGCGACACUCUUCCCAACAUCCGCCCUGUGAGUCCUGAGAAGAUCGACAGAGUCAUCACUAACAAUGUACAAAUGCAAGCAUUUUUGUACAACAAAAUGAACAUACCCGAUAAGUACUGUCUAUACAAUCACACGGCACUUCGGAGGCAGUUGGAUCUGAAGGAAGGAACGCCGCAGGACUGGGCUCUGCGCGCCGCCAGGCUGGGCAACUACUUCACAUAUCUACACCAAAUCGGGAACGCUCGACACCAUCUUUGUGCCGCAUACCACGUCCUGAGGACCUGCCACGACAACUGCAAACUUAUGCCUGAAGAGUUCGUGCUGCAGAAAGCGGACUUUGAAAUCCAUUUCCUCGAGAUAGGUCACCAUUUCGUCAAAUAUGGUUUGACGUUAUUCAAACUGUCCAAAAAGCAUGUUUUGGAUAAGUAUUUUGCUGAUGGAAGUUCAAAGGCGGAUCUUUGGAAGACUGUGAACAUAGUAUCGCAAAACGAGAAAGAGAUCGAGAAGUCGCAAGGGGAUAUGCCGACGGACAUCUUCUGUUUCGCUUCACUAGAUCUGAAGGAGAUAGAAGACAGAGUGCCUUCAAAGUUUGUGUCAAGUUUAGAAGACGCACGCAAGCUAUUCUCUUUUACGCAUAAAUGGAUCUUGCGCACGAAACACUAUUACGACUUCGAGCACCACCCGGCCCAGUACAUAUCCUGUUCCCUCCAGCAGGCGGAAUUGUACGAGCACUUGGCCUUCUUCGAAAAGAAUAUUGACAACCAAUAUAACAUACAGAAGCGCCGAGCCGAGGUGCUGGAGACUUUGAACUCGCUCCUGAAGACGUGCGACAGCGUGAUGUCGGUCCAGAUCGACGUGAUCCGCGAGCUGUCGCAGGUGCAGCUGGAACUGAUGGCGCUGAACCUCCAGAAGCUGUGGCGAGAGGAGUCUCAGACAAAUAUCUUUAACCCAGACGCGGACGCGGAUUCUAUCAUCAAUUCCCUGGACUCGGCGUCGAACAAGACGCUGACAGAGAGAACGCUGAACGCGUCUUCGAAGAACAUAUUCCUGAGGAAGAUGGAAGCCGCCACGGCCCUCAACGGGAAGCUGUUCCGGCUGAGCGGCCAGCUCGGGGAGCCCAAGGUGUCCGACAUCAGCCAGCUCAGCUUUGAAUCGCUCUCAUAAUGAAAUAUUUACAAAUAACAGGUGGAGUAAAAAAGCUGUCCUUUUUACGCAUAUAAA